AAUUAUUAUUUUUAGUUUUUCUUACAAAAAGUUAUUUGUGUUAAUUUGACGAUUGAGGACAGCGUUCAUUCAUUGAACCGCUGGUAAAGCAAAGCGAACAAUGAGUCAAUUCGGCCCCAAUUGCCAUAAGUUUGGCCAAAGGUAUAGUCCAUUCUCGUCGGCGUCACACAAAAGCAAAUCAAAUCUUCAUCUCAAAGAACCCAAAAGUGGAAGAAUCGCCAGAAAUUACAAACACUGGUCAACAAAUAAUGAACACAUGUCUGUCGAGAACCAAUUGAUAACAACGAUGACCGACAAUUCGACAGAUAAUGCGACCGACGAUCUCAAUACUAUACCAGAGAUGGUGGAGAAGAGUGUGACUCAGGAACCGAUGUUUACGAAGAUUGUGAACGCCUUCGAGAAGACUUUGGGAAAGUCUAAUCUGAUUGUCAAUGAAAUGGAUAUAAAAGUGCUUCAUAUGAAUGACGGCGAAAGCGUUCGCCAGAAAUACCGGACCUUUGAGGCAGAUGUAGCCGACUUCUGCAAAGAGUUGGAUCUGUUGGCACUUUUACCGCACGAGCAGAUGGAAGACAACACGAAGAACUGGUUGGACGCCAUGGCUUUGCGCAGCUGUUGGUGGUAUGAUAUGACGGCUUGGAGUCCAAACUCGGACAUGUCUGUGAUCCGCGUCAGCGAGAUCUACGGCUUGCGGGCCAACGGACACAAAGACCUGAAGAGGUUCUUAGAAGUGGCCGCAACUCUGGCCGAAAUGCAACUAAACCUAUACGAGAUAUCGCUGAUUGUGACCUACUCUCUGGUGAUGGGCGUCCACUCAUUCAUUGUCGACGAGAACGGGGAGCCGUCGGCCACGGCUGACCUCAGGGAAGAAGUACUCAGGCUU